CUUGAGUUGUAUUUGAUUAGUUUUAUUGAGUUGUAUUGUUGGUUUAGACUGAAUUACAAAUGGUACAUUUAUUUGUAGUAGGAUUCCAAGUGUAUUAAUAUAAAGUAUUAAUUAGACAAUCAUUUUAUUGUAAGCUAAUAGGAUCAGUAGGUGUACAUUUACCUUAAGGAUUGAAUUUGCAAAUAUUAUAAGUUUUAAGAGACCAAUCAUAAAAACCUGUACAAGUAGAACCUGUUUAUAUUUCACAAGUUUUAGGAGUACAGAUAAAUUCCGUUGAAUUUGCUACAGUGAUUGUUUACCAAUAACAUCUAUCAGAUUACAAUUUACAUGCCUUCUCAUUUACUGAAGCAACUUUACAACUAUUGACUUCAACACAUUUCCCUUUACUAUUAGUUGUUGUAAUAACCCAAACACAAAAACUAUUGGAACUACCAUAUUCACAAGCUGAUUGAGUUUUAUAUUAUUAACAAUCCUUAAGUUAAACACAUGUUGAUCCAUCCUAAACACAGGUUGAUGAAAACAGUUAGCAUAAGGUAAUAGGAUAAUCAUCACAUUUCAUUGACUUACAAAUUCUACUAUCCCAAUAACAUUUACCAUCUGUUCCUGUAGCAAGGGUACAUGAAUCAAUAGUAUUAAAAGUACUACAAGUACC